GCUUGGCAAGGGCUGUGCGGGCGGGGACAGCGGCCGCGCCUGCGAGAGAGGGCUGGCUCGGGGUCAGCUGCUGCGGGCGGGCUGCUGCGUCUCCUGCCGCCGCCCUCGCGCCGCCACGAUGCCGGGGAUCGACAAGCUGCCCAUCGAGGAGACUCUGGAAGACAGCCCGCAGACAAGGUCUUUACUUGGUGUAUUUGAAGAAGAUGCAACAGCUAUUUCCAACUAUAUGAACCAAUUGUAUCAAGCUAUGCAUCGAAUUUAUGAUGCACAGAAUGAAUUAAGUGCAGCAACACACCUGACUUCAAAACUUUUGAAAGAAUAUGAAAAACAGCGUUUCCCACUUGGGGGUGACGAUGAAGUUAUGAGCUCUACAUUACAACAGUUUUCGAAAGUUAUAGAUGAACUUAGCUCUUGUCAUGCAGUACUUUCAACUCAACUUGCUGAUGCCAUGAUGUUCCCCAUUACCCAGUUUAAAGAAAGAGAUGUGAAAGAAAUACUAACAUUAAAGGAAGUAUUUCAGAUUGCGAGUAAUGAUCAUGAUGCUGCAAUUAACAGAUAUAGCCGAUUGUCAAAAAAAAGAGAAAAUGAUAAGGUGAAAUAUGAAGUAACAGAAGAUGUGUACACUUCCAGAAAGAAACAACACCAGACCAUGAUGCAUUAUUUUUGUGCACUAAAUACUCUUCAGUACAAGAAGAAAAUAGCAUUGUUAGAACCUCUACUUGGGUACAUGCAAGCUCAGAUAAGUUUCUUUAAGAUGGGUUCUGAAAAUCUCAGUAAACAACUGGAAGAAUUUUUAGCAAAUAUUGGAACAAGUGUACAGAAUGUUCGCAGGGAGAUGGACAGUGAUGUAGAGACGAUGCAGCAGACAAUAGAGGAUCUGGAAGUGGCCAGUGACCCUUUGUAUAUGCCUGACCCAGACACCACCAAAUUUCCUGUUAAUCGAAAUCUAACCCGAAAGGCUGGAUACCUGAAUGCUAGAAAUAAAACAGGCUUGGUGUCAUCUACCUGGGAUAGACAGUUUUACUUCACGCAGGGCGGAAACUUGAUGAGUCAGGCCCGUGGAGAUGUAGCAGGAGGCCUGGCCAUGGACAUAGACAACUGUUCAGUGAUGGCUGUGGAUUGUGAAGACAGGCGAUACUGUUUUCAGAUCACCUCUUUUGAUGGAAAAAAAUCUUCAAUUUUGCAAGCAGAGAGUAAAAAAGACCAUGAGGAGUGGAUCUGUACAAUAAAUAACAUAUCUAAACAAAUAUACUUAAGUGAAAAUCCAGAGGAAACUGCUGCACGAGUAAAUCAGUCAGCUCUAGAAGCUGUCACUCCUUCCCCAUCUUUCCAGCAGAGGCAUGAGAGCCUGCGGCCAGCAGGACAAUCUCGGCCACCAACGGCUCGAACCAGCAGUUCAGGAUCCUUAGGAUCUGAAUCCACAAAUUUGGCUGCCCUCUCUUUAGAUUCUCUUGUUGCUCCAGACACCCCAAUACAGUUUGACAUAAUUUCUCCUGUGUGUGAAGAUCAGCCUGGCCAGGCAAAAGCCUCUGGCCAGGGAGGCAGGCGUACAAAUCCAUUUGGAGAAUCUGGAGGAAGUACAAAAUCUGAAACUGAAGAUUCUAUUCUUCAUCAGUUAUUUAUUGUCCGGUUCCUUGGUUCUAUGGAGGUGAAAUCAGAUGACCAUCCAGAUGUUGUUUAUGAAACAAUGCGCCAAAUCUUAGCAGCCCGGGCCAUCCAUAACAUCUUUCGUAUGACAGAAUCACAUUUAUUAGUCACUUGUGACUGUUUAAAAUUAAUUGAUCCACAGACACAAGUUACAAGGCUAACGUUUCCAUUACCCUGUGUAGUUCUAUAUGCUACACACCAGGAGAAUAAACGCCUUUUUGGAUUUGUUCUUCGGACAUCAGGAGGGAGAAAUGAAAGUAAUCUGUCAUCAGUCUGCUAUAUAUUUGAGUCAAACAAUGAAGGGGAAAAGAUUUGUGAUUCUGUCGGAUUGGCAAAACAGAUAGCUUUGCAUGAGGAACUGGAUCGUAGGGCGUCAGAAAAACAAAAAGAAAUAGAGAGAGUAAAAGAGAAGCAACAGAAAGAACUUAGUAAACAAAAACAGAUUGAAAAGGACUUGGAAGAACAAAGCCGGUUGAUAGCUGCUUCCAGUAGACCAAACCAAGCUAGUAGUGAGGGGCAGUUUGUUGUCCUUAGCAGUAGCCAGUCAGAAGAGAGUGAUUUGGGAGAAGAAGGAAAGAAGAGAGAAUCAGAAGCAUAAACUUACCUUUGCUUUUCGAUUGAUAUCCCCCCGAACCCCCAUGGAAUGUGACAAUUUCUGUGGUGAAAUGGCACAAGAUAACAACUAUGUUGAAGUAUCAAGGAGGAGACUAAGCUUUAUAUUUUCUUGUUUUAGCUUCAUUUAAAGAAUAAGAUUGAACUCGAUGACUUAGGUUUGCAUUGGUUUUUUUUCCCCCUUAAACAUAACAUACUAUACAUUAACAUUAAACUCUGUAUGUCUAAAGGAAACCUGCUCAUCUCCACAGUAGAUUGUUGAGGAAUUUAUUUGCUAAAGCAUUUUUUUCUUCAAACUGUGACCUUUUUAUCUUGCAUUGUAAUUGGCUGUGAUCAUAGGAAAUUAUUUCUUCUUCAGGCUCAGAUGUUCAUGGAUAUGGUCUCUCUCUUUUAUUGAAUGUUUUGCUGGCAGUGAGGAAGUAUUCAGCUGACUAAGUUUAAAACCCCUUAUACAGAGAAUUCUACAGGUUUGCAGAUAUUUUAACAAUAUUAAAUGUGCAAUAGAACUUUUAUAAAAAUAAUCAGAACCGAUUUUACACUUAAGGUUUCAAAUUGUGGCAGGUGGUACUGUUGAUUUCAGGGCACUUUCUUAGCUUGCUCUCAUUUCUCUGAUGUAUUACACCUGAUGAUAGUAGGCAAGAAGCUUAAGUGUCUUCAGUUCAAAAUUGAAACAGCUUUGGCAUUUUAUUAUCACACUCUUAGUUCUCAGGUUGGGACUUCAAUUAUUGCUGCAGAGCAGUAAGGGUUAAAAAUAAGAUUUUGAAUUUAUUAAGAGAUUUUUGUUGUUCGAAUACAUUUUAGAUUAGGAUUGAUGUGUAAGGAUAUUGUUACAGGAUGACACAUUGUAUUUUCUGCAUUAUGUGAAAUAGUUUUUAUUGAAAAUCAAGUGACAUUUCAAAAGAAAUUCUAUAACAGUUAUGUUUCAUGCUUAAAGUAAAAAUUCUCAGAGUUUAGUUUAGCAAAUGUAAUCUUUUAAAUUUCAGACAGAUAUUCCUAGUAUUUUCAUAAUUCCAUGUUUUGAUAAAGUACUGGAUCACCACUUUAUAUUCGCAGUCAAAUAACUAAUGUAUGAGAAUAGAGUCAUUUGCACUAAUUAUUCUAAGUACUUUUAACUCUUCAAAUGAAUAACAGGUCCAAUUCCAUGAAAGAUUAAAAAGAAACUGAAUGCCUGGUACAGUACAGGAGAAAUUAGCCAAGAAAGGAUUUUAGCUUGGUGCCAAGGUUAAAAUAAUACUGCUGUAUCUCGUGUGUCAAAUUUUGAUUGAUAUCUUUUUUUAUUGCAUUUUUAACAUUGCUUAUAGAAAUUACAUUCAUGUGUUUCACAUGAAAAAGUAUACAUAUAUACAAGUUAAAUAUAUUUAGUAAAGUAUUUUACAUAGUCAUACAUUUAUAAAUCUUCAAGAGGUUAGCCACUAAGACUAAUUUCACAAGAGAAACUUUGACAUACGGUUUUUUCUUCUUAGUUCUGAAUUAGAAGUGGCUCUGUUUUAGUUCUCAAAACAUAAUUCGUCUGUUUCACACUGUGUAUGUACAUUGUUUUCUGUAGGAAUGGGAUAGAUAAUUAUAUAUAGGAUCAUGAUAUUCUUUUUAAUCCAUGUGCCAAAUGGAGAUAAUGAUUACUUAAUACUCUUUGAUGCCUUAUGUUACCAAAAUAUAUAGUAAAAAAAGUAUAAAUUUAUGGAUUACUUUAUUUUGUGCUUACCAAAGGGAAUGCUUUCACAAAAGCCUUCCUUUUGUUGAAGUUGGAAUUUCUUUUGUUCAGCACUAGUUAGUCAUGGGAGGUCCUGCUUUUAAGACCUUUUUGAGAUUAGUAAGCUUUCUGUUCCACUAAGUCUUUUGUGUAUACAAGUUGUCACCUCACUUAGUUCAGAUAAAAUCUGUUGCCCUAUAAGGAAGGUGGUUAUCAUUAGGAGGCAUUUUAACUGGUGCUUUGCCUGGUAGUGAAGUGGAAGUGCUGCCCUUCAUUAGCACUCUGGGUCAAAGUUUAGGCUUAAAGCUAAGGGUACUAGCAGACUUAGGGAUGCUGGACAGACCUGUAGUUCUUUUAAGUCAUGUUUCCACAGGAAUUUCUAAAAUAACACACUCAUGUCUAUAGGUCAGAUCAAAAUGCAUUCCAACGCCAAAUAGAAGUCAUGAGUGGAUUUUUAACAAUUUUAGGUGAUUCAACUUCUGUUCUAUUGCUGUUGUACUAUAUGAAUUAUUCCAUUGCUGUAGAUAUUUAAUUAUCAACUUUAAUAAGGUUUUUCUGUUAUUAAACCUGCCCAUGGCUUUCUGCCUGAUGUUAUAGCUGAUCUUAACUGUUAUCCUCCUUUGAAAUUUCUUCUAGCUCUGGGAUGUUUCAGUGGUGAUUGGGUUAGAUUUGGGGAUAUCUUUUCUCAAAUUCAGAUUUACACUUAACGGUUUUUAGAAAUUAACAAAAAGCGUUUUUAAAAAAGAAGAAAUAAGCUUACUUAAUUCUGCUAUAAAUUCUGCUACCUAUUGAAUAGUACUUUUAUAACUAUGGUAAUGAAGUCAGUCAUUUCAUUAGGAAAACCAUUAUUUUUCCCUUAAAAACUUUUGAAAACUUGCUAGUCAGAGACUGAAACUGUUACCUUGAACAGAGUCCCCAAAGCUAGGCUAGUUUUUGCCACAUCUACAAUGAUUACUUUGUGUUUCAUUUCCAAAGAGUCUUCAGGCUCCACAGUGUAGGGGUGGUACAUGUGUUUUCCUUAUGCUUGGGAAAAGGACAAUAGAUGUGCAUCCUAGGUACCAUAAAAUCUUAUGUAUUAAAGGCAUCUGGCUUAAUUUUGAGUUGUAUCUAGGCUCCACUAGUAUUUAAAAUUGACCAGUAUUAAAAAUCUGAAUCUUGGGUCGGGCAUGGUGUUCACACCUAUAACCCUAGCACUCUGGGAGGCCGAGGCUGGUGGAUUGCCUGAGCUCAUGGGUUCGAAACCAGCCUGAGCAAGGGCAAGAUCCCAUCUCUAAAAAAUAGCCAGGCAUUGUGGUGGGUACCUGUAGUCCCAGCUACUUGGGAGGCUGAGGCAAGAGAAUCACUUAAGCCCAGGAGUUUGAGGUUGCUGUGAGCUUUGACGCCACAGCACUUUACGAAGGUUGACAAAGUGAGACUGUCUCCAAAUAAAUAAAUCAAUAAAUAAAAUUAAAUCUGAAUCUUAAUAUACAUGUACAUGCUGAAAGACCCUAAGAGCUACUAUAUUGUAAAACCUUCUGCCACCUAAUAAAAUGAAAAUAUUAAUAUUUGUUUUGACAACAACUUCCUAGAAUUCAGAAUGUAUUUUAAAUAAACACACUAAUUGUAGUAAGCAAGCUGUUAAUUUUAUUUUUAGCAAGUUUGGUUUAUUCAUCCAUGAAAUUUUGUUCUACAUUAAUUAAUAAUGCAUAAAGUUUUGAAACUGGAACCAUAUUAUAGUUUUAAACCAAUCUCUUGUGGCUGCACUCAUUAAGUAAUUUACUUCAGUUAAUAUGAGAACUGGGGAUUAAGUUAUAACUAAUGUCCAAAAUUGCUUUGUAUAUUUGGUGAUUUUGUAAUGUAAGUGAAUUGGUUAAUUCUUAUUUCACCGAUACUAUUAAUCAUACAAUGUACAAUUAAAAAUCAUGCAACAUUUUGUUUUAGAAUUGAAUUUGAAGAACUCAGUUUUAUGUGAUCAUGGUAUACAUGUGGGGGGAACUUAUUUUUUCAUUUUGUCAAAGUAAGUCUUGCUGACAAGACUUCAGGAAAUUGUUGUUAGAAGAUUUUUUAAAUGUAUAAUAAAGUCCAUGAUUUUUGUACAGUC